GUAUUUUCUUUAUUAUUGAUAAAAGUUUUCAACUGGUCAAAAGAACUAAACUUUCUCCAACCCGCCAUUUUAAUCACAAUGCACAGUGCUAGAGCUACUUCAAAACCUUUGGCGUCACAGUCUGUGACGUCAUAGUCGUUCCCGUUCUUUGAAGCCAAGCCCGGUGACCGGGCAUAUAGCCACUCUGUUAUUGUUUACUUAAAUUUUAGGUUAAGCCCUGUUUGUGCCGGCUUGAGAAAUAUUUAAAAAUAGAUGGCUCGUAUCUUUUCCAAAAUUAUUUAAUAGUUCAAGCACAGUAUUAUUAUUUCUUUUUUGCAAUGGCAUCAAGAUUUAGAGCCUUAAAUACAGAUUCCUCAGAAGAAAGUGAAGGCGAGAAUGAUGCUCCAAUUCCAACUAAAGAAGCAUUGGAAGACAAGGCUUCGGCACUUUAUAGUGAGGCACUUCAGUAUCAAGGAAACAGCCAGUGGGACGAUGCUGAGAUACUUUACCAACAAUUGCUGGAGUCUGAAGUACUUACAAAAGUGAAUGGUCGUGUGACAUUUAUAGAUGGUCAUAUCAAACCAUCUUUGGAACAUCUCAAGUAUAGUUGCUACCAGAACUUAGGUCAUGUUCUUGUUGCAAAGAACCAAUUAGAGAAUGGUCUGGAAUGUUAUAAAAAGGCAUUGGAGUUGGACGAUACAAAUCUGAAUCUUUGGUACAAGAUUGGUUUACUGGGAAUGAAGCUGGUGGAUCUAAAUGUGGCUAUAUCUGCUUUUGAAAUGGCUUUAGAAAUCAGCCCUCGCCACUUCCCAACCCUGGACAACAUGAUCUCUGCCACAUAUGCUCAGGGUGGCUUGCUGUCUUGUCUGUAUUACAUUGCAAGAGCUCUUGAAUACAACCCCAAAUUCAAAAAAGGAUUGGCACUCAAAGACAGGAUAUUUAAGGAUCAUCCUUCACUCAAAGAGCAUUAUGUCCUGUUCGAUCCAUAUCCUGACUAUAAGCUUGACCCUGAAGAGGUAUCAGACAUAGAGCCUGCGGCUGCGGAGAAGUGGUACCAGGAAGUGAUGUCUCUGCGGGAAGCCCAGAGGUCCGUACCUCAACCCCAGCCGCAUCAUACCCCGGAGUACAGCCUACCCUGUCGUCCUACCACCUGGCUACAACUGUCCCUCCUGCUCUCAGCUACACAUACACAGUUCAUGGAGGAGGCUCCACAAAUGGAUUUCUACAGGCCGGUACACCUGCUGAGUGAGCGCCAGUUCAGUGAUGUAGACAUGGAGGUUGGAGCGGAGGUUGAACAGAUGUCAGUAGAUGAGGAGGUAGACAACAUCAACAACGAAGCAGCAAAUGAUGUUGAAGAUGCUGAGCCAAGUGGUGUUGGAGUACGAGGAAAGCGAAGACGCAGCUCUCCGACGUGUCUGGAUCAGCAGUCAUCUUGGAUGAGUGGCAAGCGACGUUCAGCUCGUACCCGCAACACAAAUCGUAAGGAAGAACCCACACUAGCAAGGACACUCACCAACUUGUUGCCCUCCUCUUUACUGUUAGAAUCAGAGGAUGGUAAGAAGGAUAGUGAAGUUGUGCGGUGGAAUGAGGACUCAAUGGAUACAAUGGACAUGUUCCGCUUGUUUGGGAACAAGGACACAUCUGAGGAGACGAGAGAAAUGGAGCUGACCAACUGUCUCAGUGAGGAGGAGAGAUCCAAAAUUAUUAAAGAAGAAGGUUACUUUGGUUCAGAGAUGGAAUCAUCUGAAGUCAGCAAUUUCCUAGAAACCAACUCGGGAUGUGAUAUUCUAACGUUGAUUGAAAGAACUGUGCUCAUGUUAUCAGACAAGUGGAAACGACACUGGCCUACCUCACUCCCUGCUAUAUAUGUACAACUAUAUAAGGUUUACCUACAGCACAAUCCCCCUAGUAUGAAUGUACCCUCGUUACUCAAGACUGAGGAGGAAGGUGCAGCGUGUGUUCUCUAUGGAGAGUUGUUACUCGACUACUGGCUCAAGCAUGGAAAAUCUCGUAACAAACCUUCUCCAUUAGGUGAUAGCUGCCUUGGAGGAGAGUUUCCAUCUCUUUUACUAGGAGAUCUUCAUGAUUUGCGCUCUUGUAGUUCAGAUCCUGUCUUCAUAACUCGUAGUUUGUGGAUGAACUCGCUUUUCAGUCUUUACAACGAUGAAAUUUCUACCACUGUACAAAAACUGUGCAUUAUCCAAAAUUAUGAAAAUUUAGACAAGGUGAAUGUACGAUUGGUUAACGUAACUAAUCACUUCAUAAUCAACAAAAGUACAGUUGAGACGAUGCUGACUACCCUAAACAGAAAGCAGAUGGUAGACGAAUUAGCGGAACUGUAUGAAAGAGAUGACUGUGAACAGAUCGUAGCCAUUUUGACUGAGGUUCUCCAGCCCAGCAAGCUGAGUGCGGGGAUGUUCCAGCCCUCUCUGCCCAGGGAUGCUCAGUACAGUCUACUACUCUACACUCUGAAGAGGCUAGACAGAGACCAUGAGUGCAUGCGGUGGGCAGAGAUGUUUGUUCAUGAGAGUGUAAAGCAGCUGCUCGCAGCCGUUGCUGAGGACAACUGUGAACUGAGGACCAAGUGGUUUAACACUAUCAACAACACCAUUAUCUGCAUCCUCAGCUGUGCUAACUACGGUGGUUCUAAAAUUUUUGGUGCUUUAGAGAAGAAUCGGUUACCACGGCUGGUGCAGUCUCUGAUUCAUGUGAUCUGCCGCCAGAUUGAGUCAGGACAAGUUUCUCAAGUCAACACAGGCCCAGACAAGUGUCAGGAUUCACAGUUUGAAGUUGUUGCCUCUUGGGUGCUGCUCUACAAUAUCAUCACCCACUGUGAAGAGAAUGUAGCAGACACAAGACAAGCAUCCAGUGCUGAGGAACGACUUCCGUCCUCCAUCAGACUCUUGUUCACUGCUCAUGAAUAUCUUGGCAGGCGUGCCUGGUGUUGCUUGGAUGAAGGUGUGAUUCUCUACCAGAUCCUGUACCAGCUACAGACUCUCAUUGACCGUUACUACCCUGAGUCUGAGGAGUAUUCUAUACUCGCUCAACAGCUUGAGCAGAUCUUCUAUUGUCUCUACGGGCAUCCUAUGAAACGUAACAAGCCAAGAUACGUCCAGGAGCACAAUGUGAAUGGACUAGAACUGACGUGGGCUCGCAGCCAUCAGGUGUUGAGCCUGCUGCGGCCCAAAGAGUUGCCCACCUACGACUCUGCUAGCAAGUGUUCCAUCUCUACUGAUACAGAGACUCUGCUCCAGCGCAUCAUUCAACUGGUGCCCCCCGAGAUUAAUCCCAAGCGUCUUUAUGAUCAGAUGACCAAGUACAUAGAAGGCAGUGUUGAUGAAAUUCCUGAAAAUAACAACCCAUUACCAACUGAAAUGGCUGACAUUUAUUAUUUGAUUGCUGACUACCACUUCAAGGCCAAAGCUUGGAAAAAAUCUCUCCGCUACCACACUCUCGAUGUGUGCAACAACCCAGAGAGGGUGGAUUCCUGGGCUUGUUUGGCCCUUGCUAGAGGCAGCAUGUUGGAAACAAAAUUGAACUCUUGUGAUGCUCUCAAGAGUGAGCUUGAGUUCCUCCAGAAAGCACAGAUGUCAUGUCGGUGCUACAAGACCUCUCUAGAACUGGACUCAGGCCUGCCAACCUUGUGGAUAGAAUAUGGAUCUUUCUCAUACAUGGUGCACUCUUUCUGCUCUCGACUGCUCAAGCAGGAGCAAAAGUUGAAUUUAGAAAUGUUUGAGACUCUGGAGACUCAGAAGGAAAGCAUGAUUCAGGCAGCUCUCCACUGCUUUUCUGAGGCUAAUAAACUGUGGUACACUGAAGAUGGCCAGGAGAUGCAGGAUGAGCGCUGGCUACAUCACUACAUGUUGGGUAAGAUUGCUGAGAAGAAACAAGAGCCAGCCAGUCAAUGUCUCUCUCACUACCUCAAACUGUGGUACACUGAAGAUGGCCAGGAGAUGCAGGAUGAGCGCUGGCAACAUCACUACAUGUUGGGUAAGAUUGCUGAGAAGAAACAAGAGCCAGACAGUCAAUGUCUCUCUCACUACCUCAAACUGUGGUACACUGAAGAUGGCCAGGAGAUGCAGGAUGAGCGCUGGCUACAUCACUACAUGUUGGGUAAGAUUGCUGAGAAGAAACAAGAGCCAGCCAGUCAAUGUCUCUCUCACUACCUCAAAGUGUGCUAUUGUAUCACUGUGGUACAUUGGAGAUGCAGGAUGAGCGCUGGCAACAUCACUACAUGUUGGCUGUGGUACACUGAAGAUGGCCAGGAGAUGCAGGAUGAGCGCUGGCUACAUCACUACAUGUUGGGUAAGAUUGCUGAGAAGAAACAAGAGCCAACCAGUCAAUGUCUCUCUCACUACCUCAAGUCAAUGGAGUUCUUACAUCUGAAUAAUGCCAUGUAUCCAUCAUUGGUGACAUAUAACAGUCCUCAGUACCUAGCAGUCGAGGCAUUAGAGCUGUACUACCGGAUUCAUGCAGUAAUACUGAAGACCCUAGAGCAAUCUGAGGACAAGCCUAUAGACCCAGCUCUCCGGACCCUGUUCCGAGAAACAAUAGAAAAGGUGGCAGCAGGCUCCUUUGCUCGAAGGGUUACAAGAAGUGAAGAAAGUGAAGGUGCCAACUCAGGGAAGAAAACAAUAUACAUUGAUUCAGAGGAAACCAGAAUGGCGACUGUGAAGCGGUUGAUGGACUCUGUUCUUGAACUGGUAGAGGCCAAUGUGGAUGUUGAGGACCAAACAAACAAGAUUCCAGAGAAGAGACCAGCUGAGACGAGUGAGCAACAGCCAGCCAAACGUGUCAAGCGUGAGGAUUCAGAGACUUCAGACAGAUCCAAGGAUGAGAAGAAAGGAAGUAAAGCGAGCAAGAAAACUUCCUCAGAGAGUUCAUCAGCCAGUGAUUCUGAUAGUGAAAGUUCCUCUAGUGAAUCAACCACUUCAGACUCCUCAGAGGACAGUGACGAUUCCUCAGAUGAGGAUAAAAGUACUGAUGACAAGAAAGAAGAAGGAGCAGAUUCAGAUGAUGAUAAAGGUGAUUGGAAAAAAGAGCAAGAGUAUUUAACCACUGCGUGUCUGGAUGCCUUAGAAGAUUGUGCACAAAGGUUUCCUGAACACUACAAAUCUCUCUACCGUCUUGCACAUUUUUACUUCCGUUCCAAGCUUCGUAGAAAUGUAGAGAAGGCGAGGCAGUUGCUCCUCGGUGAGAAAGGCCUAUUUGCUGAUCGCAAGCCUUCAAAUUUCUUCAAUGGUGUAUGGCGUAUUCCAUCCAACGAGAUUGACCGCCCAGGCAGCUUUGCGUCACAUAUGAGUCGGUGUGUAUUGCUGCUAGUGGAUGUGUUGAGAGACACAUGUGAUCAUAAGAUGCUUUUUGACCUGGCUCUGCACCUUAAGGAUACUCCUGAAGCUGACAAGAAGUACCUGAGAGAUCCAGAGCGUGAAGAACUGUCAAAAGAGGCUUUGUCACUGAGUGUCCAGACACUGAGACGGAAGUUGACAGAGGCUAAGUCAGAGGAUGACCAGAAAACUAUCCUCAUUGAGAUCUACAAAGUUUAUAAGCUAUGCAGUAAGCAUUGGGAUGUUAAGCAGGGUCAGUUUGUUACAUUACUUACUGAUGCCUUCUCACAGUACAAAGAGGAGAAUAAUGGAGGUUUUGAUGCUGCCGUUAAGUUCUGCACACAGGAAAUUGCUAUGCAGAAGGCUGCUGCUACCCCAACCCCCUCUUCGGCCCCUCAAACUGCCUUUUCCUCCCCAGACGUUAGUCAGGCCUCUAGUCCUGCACCAUUAAUGCCUCCUAUGCAGCAGAAGCCUCCACCAAUGCCAACUCCACCUGUAAAGCGAGGACGAGGUCGUCCAUCCACAAGCAGCUUACGCCAGCAGAAUCCCAAUGCGUUUAAGCAGAACUACCGCUCAUCAGCCGAGGAACUGGCCCAGUUCUAUCGGAACAUGGUGACAAUGCAGAUGAUGAACCAGUCCAAGGCUGGUCAGUCAGGGCCUCUGCUGAACCAGCAGAUGUUGACCAAUGCAGCAGCAAUGGCUUUGAGUUACCAAACAGAGAUGUAUCAGCAGCUCUUGUUGCAGCAACAACAGGUGCAGAAAGCAGCUCAGUUACAAGCUAUGAAAGAUCACACUAAAGUCAAUAUUACACCUGUGUCAUCACAUCAAAAACCUGAUACUUCAACAAAAGCUAGUUCACUGUUAGCUCCAUCAAAAGUUUCUGUGUUUUCCUCUCAAAGUAUUUUGCUACCAAAUCAGAAACCCGUAGCAAAACAAACUUCUAAACCUCAAAGUUCUCUUUCUAUAAGUCCUGUAGUGGUGAGUACCCCUAACUCUGCCAUAUACCAGCACGGAACCCAAACACAAUUUACUCCAGCCAGAGCUCCAGUUCAGCCAUCUCCAUUUCAGCAGAAAAUACCAGUUGAACCUAAAGUCAGCUUGCAGCACAAACUUUUGUCAGCAAAGAUGGGUAAACAAAUUACUACGUCACUUGUCACGUCAACCCAGCAACAAUCUUCUGUUAUUGCCAGUUCUGACCGAACCAAAUAUACCAAAGACAAAGUAUCAUUACAGAAAACAUCAAGUCUGUCAUUACAGAAAUCGUCAAGUCUACCAACUGCUGCUUUGAGCUCUAGAGGAGUGUCUAUAAUUCCAGCCAAAUUACCAGAGAUAAAAAUACCUAAAGAUAUAACUUUAGGUCAUGGAUUGAGUAUUUCGCCAUUAAAUUCAUCCAAAAGUAAAUCCUCUCUGAGUCCUUCCACAUCUAAAGAAGUUACUGUGACUUUAAUGAAAUCCCAAAGUGACCUGAAAAACUCAAAGGCUGGCAGUUCUGUGAGCGUUUCUUUACUAGAGAACAAGAAAUCACAACUAAGUCCUGGAGGAGGAAGAAAUUCACCAUCAGCUACAUUGAGAAUGGGCAGUUCUGUGACUAUUACUCCAGCAAAACCUGUAAAAUCAGUACCUCAGGUCAAACCCAUACCUAAAGCUGACUUUUCAAUAUCACUCUCCAAGCCCACUGACACUAAGAAAAAGGAUGGCAGUGAUGUUAUCAUCAUUGAAUGACAAGAUCAGAUUAAUGAUAUAACAAAAUGUAACCAAUAUUCAUUUACAGUCUUAAUUAUUUUGUUAAUUAUCUGAUCUCUGUUUCUCCUACGAGGAUAGGACAGAACAAAAGAAAGUACAUUCGUAAAAAUUCAGAGGAGAUUAAGAAAUAAUGUGCAUUUUUAAUUCUGUGAAAAUUUGUAAUUAAAUAUAAUUUAAUUGCUGUUUUUAUUUUGAGUUCUGUUAAAAUCUAACAUGAUCAAUUAGUUAAAAAUAUACACCUUUCAUUUGCUUAAGUUGUUGCUUGUUUUAUUAUCAUUAAUGUGAGUUCUAAUUCAGGCUGAUACAUUAUAAUGGUAUUAAUUUUUUAAUGCCUAACUUAAAAUGUCAUGUUUAACUUAUUUUUACUACAACCAUAUAACCUAUAGAAUAAAAAUGGAGUUCACUGUUAAUUGUAAGCUGCUUGUGUUUAACUUAAAUAUUGUUAAUAUUGCAGAAUAAAUGUAGGCUAAAAUAUUUGUAUAUAUUUUAUGUAUUACUUAUAAAUCAUUGUAAAUAUAUUUUUAAUUUAAGAGCCUUAUCCAUUAUAUAUAAGCAGAAUAAAUUCUUUUUUCUAUGUGAACAUUUUUAAUUUGCUGUGAUAUAAAUAAUACUGUACCAAUAAAGUCAAUCUAAUUUAUUUAUUUUUCA